GUGGCAAAACUAGAUAUGGCCCAUGUCAUUCACCACCGGAUGUUGCUUGUAAAGCUCCGCCAGCCGGCGCAUCCUAGAUGUUCGCCAAAAUGCUUCAGUGACAGCGGACGGGUGUCUAUAUGGCUGCAGCUUUAAGUCCAUUGUGGCAUAGCAGUGUGGCAAAACUAGAUAUGGCCCAUGUCGUAUACCACCGGAUGUUGCUUGUAAAGCGCCGCCAGCCGGCGCAUCCUAGAUGUUCGCCAAAAUGCUUCAGUGACAGUGGACGCGUGUCUAUAUGCCUGCAGCCUUAAGUCCAUUGUAGCAUAGCAGUGUGGCAAAACUAGAUAUGGCCCAUGUCAUAUACCACCGGAUGGUGCUUGUAAAGCUCCGCCAGCCGGCGCAUCCUAGAUGCUCGCCGAAAUGCUUCAGUGACAGUGGACGCGCGUCUAUAUAUAUGCCUGCAGCUGCAGGUCAAUCUGGUUCCAAACUUAGAAAAUUAUGAACAAAACUUGACGGGAUUGAACUGAUAUACCGAUGUCUCUUAUGAUUGUUUUGGGUACUUUUCGAGGGUGCUUGGUGUUUGGAUGUGAGGGUGAACAGGAGCUUUUAGCCUUUUACAGAACUGUACAUCGCAUGACUGGUGCUUCUUGUUUUAGUGGGUUUAAAGGCAUAUUUGGAUUUACAUGGAUGCUAGUCCCAAGCACGACGAAUUCCCCUAUCUGAGUAACAAAAGGAUUAUUUCUGGGGCUUCAUAGAUACAUCCAUCAAAAGAAUAUUACAAAGAACCGGAUUAGUAAAUAUUUGAAUUUGUUUAGCAAUAUUUUGUAGGGAAUUUUCUUCCACUUUAUCUUUUCACAUUCCUUAGUGUGGUAAAUAUGAGAGAAUAUUACAGAACAUAUAGGGUAAAUCUAGAUUUUUUGGGGGGGCGUAAAAGGUUAGCAUCAAUACGUCAUAGAGAGCGAGUUUUAGAGGCAACAAUAAGAUUGUUUCUUUGUAAUUGGAGGGUCACAUGCUCAAAUUACAAAAUAAUUUCUUUGCAAAGCAAAAUUAAGACUGCAUACAAAAAUAAUCCUAUAUAACCCUUGUUAAACUGGGAGGAUCGUGAAAAAUGGGGGGUUAGUAUCCUAGGAAUGUACUUGUACAGUAUACCGUACUUUUAUCAGCAGGAACAGUUACAACCUUGUCAAGCAAGUAAUAUAACAAGGUAUAAUAUCUUGCCUUCUGUUUGGAAUUUUAUGCACGAGCUGCCCCUGUAUAUCCCAGACCAAAAGGGAGGAGAUAGUGGAGAAGACAAAGCAGGCUUUCUAGAGGCUUGUGUUUUGUUGUUUAGUACAUAUUCAUCCUUAGAUGUUGUUUAGUAAAUAUUCAUCCUUAGUACUCGGAACACUCUGGGACUUUAUCUUCAGAAUUUGUCUGUUCUAGAUUGUUGAUGUUUCCAAUGAUUGUAUUUUGUUGCAAACAAGGACAGUUGAUAUGGCGCUGAGGUGGCUCUGCAUAGGCUUAGGGCAUAUCCUUCCUUGAUUGUAAAUUUUUCAGGAAGACCCCAUGAAUUUGUCUCCUUCAACUAUAGGAGCUUCAAUCCAUCUCAACCUGCUAAUCUCCAGAGGGAGGAUGGCGUUAACUACCUUUCCACUGACAUUGAUAUUAUUACUUUCCAUGUGCAGACUUUCAGCCUGCUAUGAUCCCUUGGAUCCUAAUGGUAACAUCACAGUUACCUUUGACAUACUUCAAUGGAGAAUUGAUGGAUAUGUGGUAAGGGUAACCAUCCAGAACUAUUAUCAGUAUCGUCAUUUUGACCAAUCUGGUUGGCAACUCGGGUGGACAUGGUCCAAAAAUGAGGUUAUCUGGUCAAUGCUUGGUGCUUUUGCAACCCAACAGGGGAAUUGCUCAUCCUUCAAAUCCGAAGUACCACACUCCUGCAAGAAGGACCCCAUUAUAGUUGAUCUCAUGCCAGAUACUGCACCCAUUAAUAGGUCAGAAGGCUGCUGUCAUGGUGGCCGCCUUGCUGCCUGGGCUAUCAACCCUUCCACGUCAUUCUCAUCUUUCCUGAUUACAGUUGGAAACUUGGAAAGUAAUACUCCUGGAUACAAGCCUUUAAAUCUUACCCUCAUGGCACCUGGACCUGGUUACACUUGUGGGCCAAUGGUGGACACUGACCCUACAGUUUCAUCAGUUAUUGGGGGUAGAAGAGAAGAGCAGGUUUUCAGGACAUGGAAAUCAACGUGCACAUAUUCUACUUACUUGGCUAACCGAAUACCAAUUUGUUGUGUUUCACUCUCAACGUUUUACAAUCCAACCAUUACAUCAUGCCCUCAUUGUAGCUGUGGAUGCAAACCUGCAGGAAAUAACACAACAUCAUGUAUUAGAGAAGACUCGACUUCUAUACAGUCAGUCAGUGAUGCAGACAUAGUUCACUGCACAGAUCAUAUGUGCCCACUUCAAGUUCACUGGCACUUCAAGAACAACUACAGGGAUCAUUGGCGGCUAAAGCUGACUAUCUCUAACUACAAUUAUAGAAGGAACUACUCAAACUGGAAUGUAUUAGUUCAGCACCCUGGUUUUAGCCAGACUUCAAGAAGUUAUAGCUUCAACAGCACAAUGCUUCCCACUGUUGGGAUCACAGAUGAAGUUGCCCUCUUCUGGGGAAUAGACUACUACAACACUGAGCUGCUGAACGCCCAAGAGAACCAAGUCGGUUCAGUGACGACAGAGAUACUUCUGAAAAAGGACCCCAAGACAUUCACAUUGAGAAACGGAUGGGCCUUCCCCAGAAGGAUUUAUGUCAAUGGAGAGAACUGUCAAAUGUCUCUUCCAGACUCUUUCCCAAUGCUGCCAAAUGGAAGCUCCAGCCACCACAAACCUACUCGUCCCCUAUUGCUUCUUCUUCCUCUUCUGAUCUAUUUGACAUUCAAAACAUUUGCCGUUUGGCUCUGAUCGCCCUUCUGACAUGCCUGCAUUAUCAUCAGCAUUAUUGCUUCUUCUGGCUUGUAAAAUUCCUGCCAAUAACAACCCAAAGUCCUCUCUGUCACGUCUCAAUGCUUGCCAUAAUUCUGUCAAAAGUCGAUGUUGUAAAGAUUGGUGCUCUACGGUCGACUGUGAAACUUUCAGGUGAUGAGUUUCUUUCUUAUGAUUCUUAAGUAUGAUGUAUAUUCUAUUUCUUAGUAUCAUUUUUCUGAGGCCUUGAGGCCCCCUUUUGUUGUUGCCAUGGCUACUGUGCAUCAGUGAACCAGCUUGACUGCCAUUCCUAGCUAAUUUAUUAUAGAUAUAUUG